AUGGUUACGACCAGCUCUCACUCCAGAGAUGGAGAUAAGGGCGGCCCUUUUGGCCAGCAUGACCGGUGUAGAGAAAAGCAUCAAACAACUGGUCACAAAGGCCAAUCUGAGGCUGGUCAGCCUUCUGGCACCUCACCAGGAUACAUGCCUGCUGACCCAGCCUUUGACUUGCACGCCAAAUCGGCAAGCAAGAAAAAGUCCAGCAAGCGCCGGCCUGGGGAAGGCUGUAGCAAACCUUCUGCGAAGAGGACUCGAACAGAGGACCCUCCUAUGCCAUCUCCCACAAAGGAGACAACUCCUCCACCAGCUCCUGCCAAAGAGACAACUCCGCUAACUCCUGUGAACCAAGAUCCCCCAGCUCCAGUCGAACAGACUCCCCUUAUGGCUCCUGCUAACCUCAUUCCUCCAACUUCCACCGACCAGACGCCUACUAGUUGCCGAGAAGAAGCCUCAAGAGAAGAUCUCACGAGCGUGGUGCUCAAUUUAGCCAAAGACAGGCUGACCGGAAUAACAAAGCACUGCCGCAGUCAAGAGGCGAUCCAAGAAACUGGCUCUAUGGCGGUCGACCAGGUCUUCAACCGUGCACUGAAUGAAGUGAUGGCUGGAGUUCUUACCAUGAGUUCCGGUUGGCAAAGCUCGAGGACACUAACUGCCCAGUUUGAGAAAAGACUCAGUGACCAGCUUGGCACAGCCGAGACCCAACAUACUGAGCAGCUUAAGGCUAUCGAAGCUAAACACGCCGAGCAGCUCAAGGAGGUUGAAGCGAAGCAUUCUGAGGCCCUCAAGGUGAUUGAGGCAACAAACACAGAGGCGCAGCAAACGGCUGCAGCUAAACUCGCCUCCCUCAAAGAGGAGCUGAAGAAGAAAGAAGCGAGUAUUGUCAAAAUCACCGCUUCCAAGGAUCAGUACAAAGAGGCCUUGCUUAUGAAUUAUCGAGAAGCCCACAAGCUGCAAGCGGAGCUAGAGAUUAGACGCAAGGAGACUGCCUCCCUGGAGGAGGCGAACGCCCGCAACCUCGAACACUACGAGGGGGCGGCGUUUGAAUGCUUCUACAUGUUCUGGAAGUGCAAUCCCAACGCCAACUUUUCGUAUCUACCAUAUCAUAUAAGAGAGGUAGAGCUGGCAAGGUGUGUUAUUUGCUUAGAAGAAGAAAAUACUCAAGGGUCUCUCGAGAUCUCUCUUGCAACAGGCAUUGAGGGUGCCCGGGAAGACGCUGGAGUUUAUGUCGACCAGCAGCAACAAGAGUCUCCGCAGGACCCUCCGGCCGCCUCAUAA